UUCUGUAACCACAUCUCUUGUGGGGUAGGUCGCAGAUAUUCUGUGACGCAUCAAUACUUCAAAAUAAACCUCGUCUACCCUGAAAGUGCGCUUUAUCAAACGGCACCUCUAACAAGUGCAUCCGCGCGAGUUCGUGCUUUGAUUCGAAUCGGAAAAUUAUCUCCGGGAAGAAUCCAGGAGGAGAUUUAAUCCGGGAGCGGACUCUCGGGCGUGAGCGAUCCUCGCAACGUAGCUAACAUCUCCUUCCUCGAGCGAUGUAAUGAUUACGCGCAAUACCGGAUUAUACAAUUAUCACGACGAGACAGAAAAUUGACAGUCACGGCUAGUGCAUCGGAAUUUUUAACGCAUCUUUUGGCUUCAUGGCGGAGAAAAUGUAUUACUGGGGUGAGGAGAAGGAUCAGGUCGACCCCGAUCAGACCUUCAUAGAGUUCAAGGCUAAAUCGGUGGGGACGGACAAGAAACGCGAGCCGCCCCGCACCGUGCCGAAGAUGACAGUAUCUUCGCCGCAGGGUAAAAUGACCGAGAUCAGUAAUAGGGAGGAAGAUGCCGAACGCGGCGGCUGGGACAAUAAACUUGACUUCCUGUUUUCUUGCAUAAGUGUCUCCGUCGGGCUCGGAAAUGUGUGGCGGUUUCCCUACCUUUGCUAUAAAAAUGGCGGUGGUGCUUUCCUGAUCACCUAUGGUAUCGCAAUGCUGUUUUGCGGAAUCCCUAUAUUUUUUCAAGAAGUCGCUAUUGGACAAUAUCUUGGAGCUGGUGGGAUGUCGCUAGUGGGACAAUUGUGUCCUCUUUUGCAAGGUGUGGGAUAUGCUACGAUGACUAUUGUAUUCUUCCUCGACAUAUAUUAUUGUAUAAUUAUUUCUUGGACACUUUUUUACCUAAUAAGCACAUUCGUGAAUUUACCAAAAGUACCUUGGAGUGGCUGCGGAAAUUGGUGGAACACGGAUGAUUGCUUCGAUGCUACCAAAGAUAACAAAAGUACGCUUGGACAAAUAAACUGUUCAAAAAUAAUAUCUGCCGAAAAUAAUACCUGCCAUCAUACCACGCCGGUAGAAGAAUACUGGGAUCAGCGAGUUCUUGGCAUCACGUCCGGUAUCGAAACUAUCGGCAAGAUCCAGUGGGAGCUGCUAGGCUGUCUGAUUGUCGGCUGGUUGCUCGUUUACUCUAUCAUCCGGCGCGGUCUACAUCAGAGCGGUAAGAUCAUCUGGUUUUCAGCCUUGUUCCCGUACGUGGUGCUUUUCAUUCUUUUGGGAAGAGGGGGGACGUUGGAGGGCUCGUACGAGGGUUUGCUUUACUACGUGACGCCGCGAUGGGAAGAAUUGCGCAAUCCCGGACCGUGGAUAGACGGUGCUACUCAGAUCUUCUUCGCGUACAGUAUCGGUACCGGUGCCCUGCCCGCCCUAGGCUCGUACAACAAGUUCCAUCACAAUUGUUAUAGAGACGCAAUAAUCACUUGCGUAGUCAAUACCCUGACGUGUCUUCUGGCCGGUUGCGUAACAUUUUCGAUACUGGGUCACAUCGCCCUGGAACAGCAAACGCAGGUGUCCGAGGUUGUCAAGAGCGGACCUGGUCUCGUGUUCCUCACGUAUCCCGAGGUCGUUCUGAAGCUACCCGGUGCUUCGUUGUGGGCCAUUAUAUUCUUCGUGAUGCUGCUUAUACUCGGCAUCGACAGUGAAUUUUGCAUCGUGGAAUCUUUCAUAACCGGUAUGGUCGACUACUGGCCGGAUACACUACGUCCUCACAGGAUCAAAUUCACUAUCGCUAUCUGUCUGAUAAUGUUCGCUCUGGGAGUUCCGAUGGUCACGAACGGUGGAAUUUAUAUUUUCCAACUGAUGGACUUUUACUCCGCGAGUGGUAUGUCCAUAUUGUGGGUGUGUUUCUUCCAAACGAUCGCGAUAUCGUGGAUUUUCGGAGCAAAGAAAUUCUGCGAUUGCGUGCAUCAGAUGAUGGGAAUUCGUUUGAAUAAAUUCUGGUACAUAUGCUGGGUUCUAUUCGCGCCAGUGAUCAUGGUCUUCAUCUUCGUAUUUCAAAUCGUGCAAUAUAAGCCACUCAAAUAUGGCAGCAGUUACGAGUAUCCAACAUGGGCGGAAAUGGUAGGAGUAUGCUUGAGUCUUUCAUCUAUAAUAUGGAUACCAGCUUACGCGUUGUACUACGUAAUAAUAAUGCCAGGAACGUUCAAGGAGAAUAUUCAAAAGGGUCUGCAACCGAACAUAAAAUCGCAUGCAAAGUUACCGAAAGGCGAAAAGUCGGCCGUGAUACCCAUGUCGGAGAGCAGCGCAGGCUUAAUUACGAAAAAUAAUAGUUUCCUGAGUCAAACAUGAUUGAUGCUAACGAUCACUUUUAAUUCAUAUAUUAGGUUACACUAAUCGUAAAAAUAAUAUUUAUAGUGAGAUAAAUAAAAUAAUAAGAAUCCAGUACACGACUGGAUAUUCAGUAGUAAUUUGUGUCAAACUGGACGCGUGUCAAAUUAAUCGGUUUCAUAUAGUAUGUUUCAGUUAGCGCGAUCAUUACAUUAUUAUUUAUUUAAUAUUAAAUCAUAUGAUAUAUUUAUUUAAUAACGUAUUUCUGGUAAAGAUUGUCAGAUUCUCCUUAAAUCUUUAAUAGCUGGUGAAAUAUAACAUUUUAAUAUUGCAAUAGUCUGGAAUUAUGUAUUAUUUAAAAAAAAAGGAAUUAUUUCGAAAAAACUUUAUCUAAGGAUUAUGUAAUAAAUAAUAUGUUAUAUAAUUUUCAUUAUACAUAUACAUUUAUAAAAAAUAUAUUGAGAAUUAACGUUUCAAGAAACGCAAGAAUAACUUAUUAUCUUAUUUGAAGCUUGAUUACUUAGAUUUAUUGUUAAUGAUAUCAGCUAUUAAAGUUUUAAGAGAGAAAAAUUUAGAUGACAAGAAUAUUAUUUGGGGAUCGCAAUUAUAAAUGAUUCGUCUGUGUUGACCAAGCUGAUAAAAUAAAUGGUAUAAUUAAGAGAGAAUAUUAGAAGUGUGGCGGAUUAAAAAGAGUACUUAUAGAAAUAAUAAUAGUAUACCGCGCUAGAGAGAGUGUGUAUUCAGAUACCAAUUUAUUGGGGAUGAAUUAAAAGAAAUAUAUUUUUAUAUCGCGAUUACAUGUCGCGAUAAGUACAUGAAUUUUUAACAGAAAGGUCGUUUGAUUGAUGAUAUGACUAGUUUAAAGGAACUAAAAGUUCUCGUAUUGAAGAAUGACGUGCGAGCUUUUGAGACGAAUAGAAAUUUACAUUUCUUAUAUCCACUCAAAAUGCUGCACUCAUGAUUGUUCACGCAUUUAAAAGCUCCGCUUGGUGAGUGCAUUAAGAGGUUUGCUGCAACUCUACGAAAUAAAAUAAAAGCGUAGCGUAAAAAGAGUUACUGACAGUUACUAAAUUCACAAUAUACUAAAGUACAAGUAAUAAAAUAAAAAUAUAAUGUAAUUUUGGUAUGUGUUGUAUUUUGAAAUGACUCAAUGCAUUCACUGAGAAGAGACAUGUUCAAUUCCAACUAGUCACGAUAAUCAACUGAAUCGUAACAGGAUACAAAACGUUUGUAUCACAAAGUUUUAGCAGUAUUGUAUACUGCACUCAACUUCGACAGCACAAAUAUUAGAAUUUUUUUUUCACGUUUCACGUUAUGACACGAUUAUAAUGAUGCAUUUAUGAUGUAACGUAGGAUUAUAAAAUGAUAUAUAAGUUUCGUUAUUUAAUUGCUCGAAAUUCAAUUUAUAGCGCAUAAUACGGACAAUGAAUUCCUCCAAUAGCAAUUUUUUUUUUUAGAUACGAUUUUGUUUAAAACAUAUUCAAAAACUGAUUCAAACUUGCAAUCAAUGUGUAACAAAGUAUUCAGUGUCUGAGACACGUUUGACAGUAUUUUAGGAAAAGUUAACGUUAAAUUUAAAAGAAGGAUAUGUAUGUUACAUAUAUAUACAUAUAUAAUUAUUGGAAAAAAAUCGAGACUUUAUUCGAUGAACAAUGUUAUCCAAUUUAAUCUUCUAUAUUCCAGAUAGGAUUUUAAUUUGUUCGAUCAAUUCAAAUGCGCCAGAGAAUAUGGCGCAUUUUACUUGGAAAAAAAAAUAUGGAAAAUAUAAAAUUGAUUUAUCUUAUUACUACCGCUAAUAUUAUAAUUAUCACUUUCUUUUAAUUUCUAUUAUUUCAAAUCUUUAUUUUCUCACGUAAAAAUAUUUUUAUACGAGAGAUUUCUCAUUUGCUCGAAAUAUAAAAGCAAUAACGUACGAUACGAAGCGAUAUGCUUUUUCAACCGGCCUAAUUCAUUAAGAAUAUGUUCUCUUAUUUAAUCCAUAUAGAGUAAUCGCGAGCGCUAUUCGUCGAAAUGUUACUAAUUGUUGACGUUGUACAAUACUAAGGGAUAUGGCUAUGGAUAUUAGUUUCUAUUUUAGUACCAUACCAUUGCGACGCGAAGUACUUCCAAUAAUAAACUAAAAAACGAGCGAUAUUAUAAGCCAGUUGGAUCUGCGUUGAACAAUGUGCGUAUAUAACGGCAUGAUUAAUUCGUAAUUUUAUUUAAUGAUUUAUAUAUAUCAUCACAGUCAUAUACACAUAUAUUACAAUUGUUUAAAACGAUGAUUCUGUUUGCGAAUGAUAAUAUUGAAGCAAAAAAUUUGUACGCACGCAAGAGUCUCGAUCAUUUAAUUAUUAAUCGACAAAUUAGCCAAUGACACGCGACAUGCAAAAUAAUUUUUCACCGAUCGAUUUUUCAUUACGAUCGAGAAAACACAACACUGCGACUGUAUAUGUGUUUAACGUCACAAACAUUUGUUCAGCGCAUGAUAACGUAUCUCUAUCUAACUGUAUCUGUAAAUGUAUUCAAUGUGACAUACACAUAAACACAUUCGGGAGGGGAAGAGCAAGCAUAAAUUUCCGCGAUUAUUCUUGCAUGGCAAUAUCUGCGUUAUUGCCGAACGCAGGAUGACCGCAUGUGUUCGUCGAUCACACAGAUGACUCGAUUAUGGCUCGACGAAUCGCUGCUAGAACUUGUACAAAGAAUGAAGCGUAUUAUAUGAAUAUUAUAUUUCUAUAUACGUAUAUACAUUACGUUUUAUACGAUGUAUAGUGAUAUAUAUGACCGUGGGAAAAUCAAAAGAUCUGAGCCAAAACAGUAUUGUUUCUGUAAACGAAAAUUAAAUGGUCGCUUUCUUUUUUCAAUGUUGUAAGAUUUUUCUGUUAAUUUAAGUUUAUCGCAAAUUUUGAUCGAAUCUCUUUAAUUCUCAAUUAUAUGCGUAUGAUAUACGAGAAGAAUGUUUUGUAUCGCUCAUUACAAUUAUUGAAAUAUUAUUAUACAAUCGUUUAUCUGUACAAAAAAAAACCCGAUUUCAGAUUUCUAUCACAUUUUUCUAAGAAUAUAAAAUUUCGCCUAGUAUAAAAAUUUAUUUAACUCUUUAGAUAUAUGUAUAUUUAUUGUAUCAUUUCCAAAUGUAAAUAUUCGACGUAUUUAUCAUGAAAUGGUAAUCUUACCUGUAUUUUUAAAUUUUUCCGUAGAUGUAUUUUUGAUAAGUAGAUUUAUUUCAAAAUUUUAAGAAAUUUUCUAUCCAAAAUUAAUUUAUUUGCUGAUGCAUCGCUAAAAUCGAAUGCUUCACGAAUUUAUAUCAUGAGAGCCACAAGGAUUUAUUUCACAAAUUUUGAAAAAAUAUAGCAGCAUGAAACGGUGGAUAAGAAUUUUGAAAUAAAUUUUUGGAAAAUUAGAUUGCGUGAUCUCUGAGUCGUAAUAUUGAGCGAGGACUGAAAUUUGUUUAAAUUCAAUUACUUUUCGAGCGAUAUAUGCGUUAAAAGCAAUGCAUUAUUUGCAAAUGUAUAAUGGCUUGAUGCAUUAGGUGUUACACAUAGUCAUAACAUUAUGUAUAUGUUUCCGGCUAAAUUGUAUCCAUAUAUAUGUACUUAAAUAAAUAUCAACGCCUAUUAUAUUGCGAG